AACCGACUUGUUUGAUUUGGUUUCCUCAAGUAAAAAUGAGUGAAAUUUGCUUAGACGUGGAUUUACAUAGUGUGUGCCGAAUCUGCUUAUCCCAGACCGAGAUGAACGAACAUUUAUUUAACAUAUUUUCCGACGCCAUAGUGGACGGUGUGCUAGUGUCUCUUCCGCACGUAAUUGAGUAUUGUGUGGAUAUCCAGGUCAAAGCAGAGCCUGGAUUACCAAACAAAGUUUGCCAAAAAUGCAAAGCGAAAUUGUUUAAAUUUUAUGUCUUCAAACAGAAGUGCCAUCGUACGGAUAGUGUUUUGCGUUCCCUGCUUGAAAAACUUAUGUAUUCCGUGUCGGGUGCAAUAGAAAACGAAGAAGAACAGUCCACUAAACUCCAGCAGUAUGAGGAUGGUUCAAAGGUUUCGUCAGAUUUACUAUGCUCAGCAGAAUCGGUGUUGCAAGAAAGCAAACUUGUUGAAUCGCUUCAAGAUGAAAUUCACAGUGACUGUCAUACCGAGACAUCUCUGGAAUAUGAUAGUCCUUUAGAUGAAACGUUCAUCUCAAUUGGUCAGGAUGAUACUUCCAAUGUUAGUGCAUCAAUCGAAGCGGAGUACAUAGAAGAAACGUACGAAGAGCUGGCAAGCACGUCCUCCGCAGUCAAUGCGACAAUUGAUGACCAUCAAUCCGGUGCUCUAAUGCACGUUACAAUAACUCAGAUUAGUCCCAAUGCAAACGAAUGCUUUACUUGUGAAAUUUGCGGAUGUAUCUUAGCUUCUAAAGCACGAUUAAGGCGGCAUAUGAAACUGCAUGCUGAUUCCGAUGCUGUUUCGAGUCAAAUGCAUUUCUAUCCAUGCACCGGUUGCAAAGCGUUGUUUCUGAGUGAGAAAACACUGAACGAACACAGGCAAGUGUGUUCAAAGGUGAUAUCAAAUCUGAGUGAACAAUAUCCACAGGAUAUUACGGAGCAAUGCUACGAUCGUUGUGGCAUAUGUGGUGUUUAUUAUCCAAACAUUGUGCAACUGAAGCAGCACAUAAUUACGCACAUGGAAAACUUUCCCUGCCCCUUUGACGGCUGUGGGUGUGAGUAUGUUUCGCUUGCUAGGUUGAACAUUCAUGUCAGUACCAAACAUGUGGAUUAUUUUUCUUCGACCUGUCCACACUGCAAAAAGGAUAUUGAUCGCGUUGAUUUGGUCCAACAUCUUCGAACAUCUUGCCAGGAAAAGCAUUUUGACUGUUCCCACUGUGAUAAAAAAUUCUUUUCAUCGAGGGCACUUUCCCAGCAUCUGAAAAAAUUGGACCAACUAUUUCAUUGUAUUCAAUGUGAUCGUUCCUUCUCAUCUCGAGCAGCGUACAGCUUGCAUGUUCGAACACACACUGGUGAGCGGCCGUUCGUGUGCAAGCUGUGUAACAAGGCUUUCAAAUCAGCCAGCCAGCGAACAGCUCACAUGGACACACAUAUAGAGGGCAAAACGUUUGAAUGUAGCAUUUGCGGAAAGUGCUUGCAAACCCGUGCUAGCUACCGUAAUCACAUUAAACGACAUCUGGAAGAACGUACCCACGGAUGUGAUGAAUGUAGUAAAAAAUUCUACGCCAAACAUAGCCUCCGAAAGCAUCAGGAAAAGGUUCACAAAAACAAGCGAGGAUCAGAUUCGCACCAAGUGGACGAUUUGUGAAUUUGGAUUGCAUUGACUUCCAAUGUUAACCAAAUAGUGGGCAAGUACGAAAUAAAA